CGGAAAGCAAUGGAGAAUCAGUAAGACCUGUGCAUUACAUGCCAUAGGUUGAGUUGAGAGAACGAUGAUACUUCUACGUGACUCGUACUAAAGCUGUGCAUGUUCACCGAUUUCAUCAAAAUUGAAGUUUUACGGAAAUAUUGAAGGAAGACAUUGUAGUAUAUCAACACUAGAUUCUUCAAUAAUUGAUAUAAACAUAGAAAAAAAUUGUGACAUCCAAUAUAAUUGGGAGAAAAAAAUCAAUUUUGAUUUUCAACCCUCAACAAAAAGAAAACCAUCCCAAUCCCAAAGCUUGAGAAUUUGGUCAGAAUAAUGGUUUCAAAUGAUACUACUCAAAUGUGUGCCAGUUUUUUAGUGAGUGUUAUUAACUGACAAGAAAUUGCAGAAAGAGAGUGAAUUAAAAUAAAUAAAAACAAGUGAAGAAGACGUAAAGCAAAACAAAACGAAAAUGACUGCACAAGCAGAGACUAUACUCUUAUUAAAUGCAAUAGACAGCGUCCAAAAUUAAUGUGGACAGACAUACAGAUUCCUUGUUCAUCAAUGAUGGGUCUCCAAGCGGCGGCCAGUAAACGAAAGUAUGAUGUGGGAGAGAGUGGUGAGGCGGCUGAGCAGCAGGGGAGUUGCUCGCCGGCCAAGAGUAGCCGUUGGUCAGGGGCGGGUGUGUCUACGACACCCGCAACAACAACUACAUCUGUGAUCUCGGCGUCGGGCCUGGGUGAGGAUAGCAUUGCGCGCCUCGAAGCGGUCACGGUGCCAGGUGAAACGACAUGGGCCGGUGAGCCCAUUGUGGAUAGUAUCUCGCGGCUGCAGGCAGUGGCGGUGCCGGGCGAGAGUACGUGGGGAACGGAUGGGGCUCGCUCGGCACUGGCCACGACCCUACUGGCCGCCGACGAUCUCGAGGAUGACGAUGAUGACUUCGAGGACGAUUUCGAUGAGGACGAUACGGCCAUUCCCAGCUACCUGCCGCUGCGAUAUCCGUGCGGGCCGCCGCGUGGCUACGGCCCGCCGGCGGCCUACUCUCCCGCCGCCAAAAGCAGCUACUACACCGAAUCCUAUCCACCGCUGACAACGUGCUCAAGGGGUGUCUAUGGCCGAGGGCCAGCUUAUGGGUCAGCGGGUGGCUGGUCAGGUGGCUACUAUACCCCUCCGGAAGCAGCCACAAGUCCGCAGCAAACAAUACGUUGUGCGGAAAAUGGGAAGUCGUACCUGGAAUUGGGGAGUGCGAGCUAUGGCUCAAAUGGCGGGCUGGCAAGUGCCCGUGGUGGUGUUAAACGAUGCUGUGAUGGUAGGAAUAAUUGGUGCAAUAGUAAACAAUGCUACAAGGAGAGACGCUUAAAGAUGAUGAACCUCAGUAUGUUUAAGUUAUCACGCUUCCGUCAGGUGAGUGAGCAGAGUCUCUAUCGUUCAGUCCUCAUAUGCAACACCCUCAAGUGCAUUGAGCGCGAAAUGGAGAUGGAGAGCAAGGAGCUGGGCAUGCAUCAGCACCACGUGACAAAUCCACAUCAUCACCACCAUCAUCACAUGCAUCACCCACAGCCACCGCCACCUCAGCCCCCACAUCCAGCGGACUAUCAUCCACAAUACAGAGCUCCGGCUGUGCAUCAUGCCCACCAUACACCGCCCGAGAUGCACUAUCCGGCUAGCCCUGAGGCACCCGGAGGUGGCUUCCAGGCGCCCUACAAUGGUCGCGCCGCAACUCCAGCCCCACCCAACCUGCCAUUCAAUGACUCCCUGCCGCCAUACGAUCACCAUCCGCUGCGUGAUGCUGCCCACAGUGGUGGUCGCGCUACUCCCUUCCCCGCCGCCGGACUCCCGGACACAGAUUCUGGCUAUGGAGACGAAGACUGCACGAGGCCCAUCAAUUGGGGCUCAGUGCUAAGUCUAUCGUCACAAUCCGCCCUGGAUCCACUCAAUAACAAUGAUCUCUUCGCCGGAACGACUGCCACCAGCACCCCAGCGGCCACGAGUAGUAGCACCAGCAGCUGCUCAUUCGCAGCCGCAACCACCUUCUCCUUCGCCUCAGCCGCCUCGUGUACGGUCACGGCUACGACCAACUGGGACUACGGGCUGCUGGACAUGGACCUAGGCCUAGGGCCUGAGCUCACCGAACUCCUGCCCAGCUGGAAGCUGACGCCGCUAAGUGCUGACGACAUCCUCAAGUCGGUACCCGAACCGGGGCAGCAGGAGAUGGACGCAGCCUUCACACACAUCAUGGUCGGAAGUUAGUAGUGUGAGGGCAGAUUACCAUCCCAGUCCCUUAUUCUCGAUGAGUUUCCAUUUUUCUAGCCCGAUUUUUGUUCGGUGCCAUAUCGCUCAUACCAUGCUAAAGCUCCGUAAGGACAAAUUGCUUAUUUGAAGAUUUAUUAAAUUAUUCGUUUUUUUUUUAUUUUCUCAAAUUUCCAGUGAUUUUUCAGUAUUCCGAAAAGAAAUAUUUGAAACUAUUUGAUCCAGGGGCCUCUCGACAUUUCAUUUUUCCAUACGUUUUUGCCUAGAGACACUGAAGACUGUUGGCAAGUUUUUUCCUAAAGAGAAUUGACUUAUCAGUCUGAUAUAUUUCAAAAUCCUGCAUUAAAAGCUAUCUCAAAAUACAUAUUUCAUAAUGUUCGCCAAAAUAAUACAAGAAUUACAAGCAAAUUUGUUUAAGUCGCGGUGCAAUAUCUGCAAAAUUUUUACAAGGGAAAGUGAAAAAUAGCUUCACUUUUUAUUACGCUUGAUGGGCCCCUGAUUUGAUCAAUAACUUAUUUUCUACACUGAGAAAUAAAAAGAGGGUGCGAUUAACUUUUUUUCUUCAUAACUUUAACACACUUUAGGUGUAAAAAUAUAUCAACAUUUUUUAAUGUUAAUUUUACACCCUUUUAAGGGUAAAAUUAACAUGAAAAAGGGUAACUUUAACCCCCAAUACACCUAAAAAGGGCAAUAUUUACACCGAUUUUGGAUCAAUAGCAGGGUAAAAUUAACAUUUCCGGAAUGUUAUUUUAACUUUUUCGGAUUUUUCUCAGUGUACAUUUGACUAUAAAUUACUUUGCCUUAAAUCUUCUACAAUGUCUACAAUACAUUUUCAGUCACCAUGAAAACAAUGGAAAAGGUUUCAAUUCUACAAGAACAUUAAAAGUUUGCCCAAUUACCGCUAGUGGCGUUAUAGUCACAUGGUAUUAAAAACGGAAAAGUCAUUUUUACUGGUAGUUUUUCUCGAAUGAAUGCACUUCGAAUCAAAUUUUGAGAUAUAUUUUGUAGCAAAUAUUUCUUUUGGAAUACUGAAAUAAUCACCAAUAUAAUUAAUAAUUUCAGCUUCUUAAAUUGUUUGACAUUCAAUAAACACAUCAAGCAAUUUGAGAAACUUAGAGUUUAAAUCCAAAUCCAAAUUGAAAGGUUCAAAACAUCAAUUUUAUUCAAAGCUAUGGGGGCCUAGAAACUUAAAAAAAAUUACCUUGAUUAUCGAUUUUGAAAUAUUAAACAAAACGAAUUCUAAACUGUUACAAGAAAUUGACAGAUUUUCGGUGAGUCUAUCCGAUAUUUGGCUUUGCAAUGUUCGGGUAAUAGCUAUCAAACACAAGUAAAAAUUAAAAAAAAAAAUCUCUUCUAUGAGUUUUAUCUGUCAUUUUCGGUUCCAAUCAGCCAAAUAUUGAAGAAUCUAAUGGGUUUCUUAUUUUAAAUAUUGGAAAUUGUAAAGGAAAGGUUCUCUAAAUUCGUUUGUUCCUUGCUAAGAGGUCUGAUUCCUUUUCAGGAAGCGGACCUCUGACACUAAUCUCCUCCAGCCCAUGCAAUUCCUCGUCAGCUUUUUCCAGUUCCUUAGCAUUCUCAGCUAAUUAAGGAUGUAACGUAAUACUUCUUUUCACAGUUUACUGGGGCGUCUUCUCAUCCUUGUCCCUUCACGAUCAUCUAUUUAGUAGCUUUCUAGACAUUCUUUCAGUUGGCAUUCGAUAUUUUUGUCCUUAUCAAAUGAUUGGGCGUGCUCUAAUAAUAGUUAUAAAGUCUGGCACGAUUUUUCCAGAUAGGUACUCUUCAAUAACUGAUUCCCUCACUGGAACAUAGACCCGUCUAAAUAUAUGCCUCUCGAUGAUCAUUGCCGAUUUCUCUUUAGCUAGGGUCUAAUAAAUAGAGAAUUUACUGAAGGCACAAUUUUCUGACUUUAGGGGCUCGAAGGAUCGCCAUGACAUUUCCUGUUGUGCGCAAUUGAUACUUUCCCCGCCUUUUCUCACUCGUAUGACUAAGGAAGUAUCGAAGGAUUAAUCAAUCAGUAAGAUUAUCCAGGAGUACCGAUUUAUCUCCAAAUAUUAACCCUAAAAACACGUGGAGGUUCUUGCUUAGAUUGACUUAACGGUUCUUUGUACUGAAAAUAUCGCUUGAUGUAUCAAUUUUUCCAGUUUCCAAUUUCUAAACUUGUGGAACUUGAAAUGAUUCUACAAGACUCUCUCUCAAUAGGGACUGUGGGGCAAAAUGUCAUCCAGUUUAUCGAUAGAUUUGGGCGUCAAAGCCUUUGUAAAUUCCACAAAAAGCGCUCAAUUAUUAAGAAUCACGAUAAAAUAGGAAGAACUACAGCGAAUUUGAGCAAAUUAGCUUCAUAAUUAAACGUGAAAAUUGUCAACAAAAUUUUUCGCCCGAUUGAAAAAGAGCCGAUUAAGCGAGAGUCUACUGUACAACUUGUCCCAAAUGGACUGUACUAAUGUACUAAUCGUACUAAAUGAACCGACAGUACUAAAUAGACUUUUUAAGCCCGAAAUAUACUGGAAGUGUAACGAAAGUUUAAAAGAAUUAUCCUGGAAAUGGGCGCAAAUUCUCAAAUUUCCCAGCGUCCGAUUUCUUAGCUUGUGGAAGUUGAAUUAAUUCCUUCCUUCUUUAACUUCCCAGCAAAACUUCGUUCUGCAAUUCCGGAAUUUUUCUUCUUCUUCCUUUUUUAACGGCCAUCAAUCGCUAGCCGCACUAGCGAUCGUACCGGCGAUUAACCAAAGUUAUCAAAAUUUGUCUCGAGUAAGUGAAGUCUCACACCCGUUACCUAAUGGCUGCUCCAGGAACGGUUAUUUCAAAUCCCUACAUUCUAUUGCAAAAGUUGAGGGAAAUAUACUUCUUGAAGGAAAAGAAAUUUUUUUCAUAAAUAAUAAAUAAUUUUAUUACCCUGAGCUGAAAAUCAGAUCGUAAAAAUUUUAUGUUCUCAAGAAAAUUCUGGUGCAAUUUAUCAAAAUAUGUAGAAUUUUCGAUCGGGAGUAUGUUUAAUAUUCCUAUUUAAUCAUUCUUUAUAGACAGCAUGAAAAUCGUGAUUAUAAAUUCUACCAUGUUGAUAAAUUUAGAGAAAAUAUUCCAAGUUCAUUUUGACAGAACGACAUCUUGAGGAAAGUGCCGAAAAUUCAUGAAAUUUUCUAUAGAAAUUCUGUAGAAAAUUCUGCAGAAUUUUCAUACAACGAUCGAAUCCACCUUAGAGCAAAAUUCUUCAGAAAUUCUGCAGGAUUUUCGGCAGUUACAUUUUCAAAUCUGACAAAUUUCUGCAGAAUCUGCAGCAAUUGCCGGGUGGGAUUGUUCCAAAUGUAUUGUUAUAGUAAACUUCUUUUCAAAACGAAAAAUAUUGAAAUUUAAUUAAAAUUUAAAAGGGACUCUUCUGGAAAUAAGGUAGAACUGUCAAAUUUUCCAGCGUCUAAUUUCUUAUCUUAGAUUAAUUAAUUUAAAUUAAAUUAAUUGUAACUUUAGCAACAUGUUUGAUAACGAAAUUCCUUUUUUGAAACUGGAAAUAUGAUAAAUUUAAUUUAACUGGACUUUUUUUGGAAAUCAGCUCGAGCUGUCAUAUUUUCCAGUGUCCACAAUUUCUUAAAUUUGUAGAACGUGUUAUUUUAAGGAUAAUCCAUGUGGAAUCAAAUAUUUAAUUCUACAAAAUAUUUCAGUAACAUCGUAUUCUUUGAUUGGCUAGAGCUUUAUAAAUGCUUUCCAGCUCAAUCCAAUCACAGAACGCGAUAUUAAGUAUGAAAUUAUUCAAUAGUCUCCUUCAAAUGGAAAAAAUCUACAAUUUAUCCUUACAGAGUUUAUGCAUAGCAUGCGCGAUGGCGAUAUAAUUUCUCAUGCAGCAGAAAUUUGGCGAACCAAUAUUCAUUAAUUUUAUCAGUAAAGUAUCGUCAAAUAUCUUCCAAUUUUUGACUUGAAACUUUUUCCAAAAUUGCCUCAGUAUUUUUUUGUACUAAAAGUAAUUUUUAAAAAAAAUAGUGUAUUUAAUUUUUUAAAUAACUAACAAUUAAUACGGACAAAACUGCUGCCACUCAUUGUUUAAACGUGAUAAAUCUCUGAUUUUUUUUUUAAAUAUUACUCUGACCAUGAUUUUCAAGACAUUUAACUACGGUUCUCUUUUUAUUAGAGUUUUUGCUCAGGUUGUGAAGGCUGUGUCUACAUGAAAAAUUACAGAAAAUAAUUAUGAUGAGAAACAUUGUAAGAAAAAAAAACCACAUUUAGUAGAAAAAAAUAAACACAAAAAUUAAAUAAAAUGCAUAGAAAAUUUUGUGACCCGCCAUUUAACAAAAGAAAAUGCAGAAGAAAUACAAUUUCAAUUUAAGUAAAUGUAAACUGUAUCCAUAAUUUUCCUAUUCAUAUUUAAAAAAAAAAGAAAAAAUACAAAAAAAGAUACGUAACACAGCGAAGCGAAAAGUGAAUGAAAAUCAAAAGAUUAAAAAGCAACACGAAAUGAUAUUUUGUAGUGAAAAGAUGAUAAAAGUGAAAAGUACAGUGAGAUUAUUUUUCUUUCUGUUGAAGGAAGAACUAAAAAAAAGGAUAAGAACAAAUUGAGAAAAAUGUUGAGGAAUAGUGAAGAAAAAUCCAGAGAAGGACAAGAAAAUUAAACCCCAGAAAAUAAUAUAUUUAUUCUAAUGAUGUACACUUCCUUAGUAGAUUAAUUAAACAUUAAAAAAAUGAAAAAAGAAGUACUUGAAGAAAUUUAAAAAAAGGGACAAAUUGAACCAAUAUUUUGAUGGAGAAAUCCAAUUAAAAAAGAAAUUUAAAAAAUAAAUAAAUAAAAUUCUUUCCACAGGAAUUGACCAUAGUUUUCCCUUUUUUUAUUCUUAUUUCCAUCCAGCCAUUGUUUUUUUAACAUAAAACAUUUUUUACUAUAUAAAUUUUUAAGCAAUAGCUUCUUUUUGAAAAGCAAUAUUUGUGGUAAUUUUAUUAAUUCUAAGCAAUAAAACAAGGAACGUUGACACUUUUCACAAUGAAAAGAAGAACAAACCGAUUUUUUCUUGAUUUUUCUGACAAAAUUUAUUUAAAAAAAGAUUCUCAUCGCCCCAAAAAAAUUGACUUAAUAAAAAACAUGACAAAAUUUCUAAAUUUACUUAAUUUAUUCUUAAAAUAAAAACGGAAACAAUGACAAAAUAUUGAGAAAUUAAAUUGAAAAAAGAAGAAAAUCGCGAGAAAAAUGCGGAAAACACAUCAAGAAAUCAUUUGUAAAUAAAAAAUAAUGAAGGAAAAUAAAAAAAGGAAUAGAGAAGGAAAAAAGUACGAAUUUGUAAAUAAGAAAAGUACUAUAAAAAAAUUGUAAUAGUUGAAAUUUUUUUUAAAUGUGUAUAUAAAAAUAUUUCUGCCACAAUUGCUGAAAUUUACUUAUAUUUAAAAAAAAAGGAAGGAAAAACUUAGAUGAAGAAGUAAAUAGAAAAAAGUAUUAACAAAGAAAAAGAAAUAUUUUCGUUUCUCAUUAAUUGUGAAUGGGAUUUAAAAGAAAAAAAAUAAAACAUUAGUGAUGAGUGUAUGAAAAAAAAAGUGCACAAUGUGAAGAGAAACUUUGAGAAUUUUCUUUUUUUUCAUUAUUAAUAUGAGAUGAAAAUAUUAUUAAAGAAAAAAAAAACAUUUUAAGAAAAAAUAACUCAAGAGAAAAUUUUAAAAAUAAAAAAAAACAAGUAAAAAAUGAACAAUCUAGUCCUACUUACCGAUAUAUUAUUAUAAAUAAAAGAAGUAUAAUUAAAAAUUAUGAUAAAUUAUAAGAGAAUCUAUAUAUAUGAAAAAAAUCCAAUAGCAGAUAAGUUAUAUUAUUAUUACUUAUUAAUUAUUAUCAUUGAAUAAAAAAAGAUAAUGGAAAAAAUUAACAAAAAAAAAUUGAGAAAACUUGCAAAAGUCAUGCAGAGUUACACCAAAAUUGCAAAAAAAAGAGAUUAUUUUUCGUCAAUUACAAAACAUGGGGAAAAUCUUGUAGAAUUUCCCCAAAAAGAUUUAAAAAAAAAUUAAUCCCAAUUUGCUCCAUAAAAAUCUCUCAAGUGACAAUGAAUUAGAAAAAAAAACCGAAAAAAACUAAAAAAUUUCAUUUUAAAUUUUUGCAGAAAUCUUUUAUCAACUUUGAAAAAAAAAGACAAAAAACGUCUCACAAGAAAUUAGUAAGUGUAUAACAUUAAUGAUGAAAAAAAAAUGCUAAUAAAAUUUGAUGUUCAAUAAAUAUGUACAAUCAAGAGUAAAGAAAAAAAAUUAAAAGAAUUAACUUUAAAAGUAAUGAAUAAAAUCCGUUGUUUCAGAAAGAAAAAGAUGAAAGAGAGAAAAUAAGAAAAGGAUAAAGGAACGUCACGUGAAGCUGUGUAAUUGGAUGAAAAAUGAUGAAAAUUUCAAGAAAACAGAAAGCAAUGUUUGACUUUUAUGUUACUUUUGCAAAAAUAAAGAGAAAUAAUUGUUAAAUUGAGAA